CACAAAACGGUGCGUGUUGUGUACCAAACUCACGACCCAAGGUCCCAAACAACCGAAUGCUCGAAAACCCUUGGCAUCUUAUCGAGGCUCGUGACGCUCGUCCCUGUUAGCCCACCGUCGUUCUCUCGCGUUCGAAUCUAGAGCAAGGUCUCGCGUUUCUCUUUCACUCUUAAUCGCCAUGUCUCAGGUUGACAACAGAAAUUCUUCGGCAUCCAAGCGUGCUAGAACUGAUGGUAGUCGUAGAGAAGAUGAUUGGACAUGCCCUAGCUGUGGUAAUGUCAAUUUUUCAUUCAGGACAACUUGCAAUAUGCGUAAUUGCACUCAACCAAGGCCUGCUGAUCAUAACUCAAAAUCUGCUGCAAAGCCUGUGCAAGCCCCACAGGGUUACUCAUCCUCAGCUCCUUAUGUAGGUUCUGCUGCACCCUCUUCAAUGUAUCUGGGUGUGCCGCCCUAUGGUUCUUCUCUGUUCAAUGGAUCAUCUAUUCAUCCCUAUGAUGUACCUUAUUCUGGGGGUUCAGCGUACCACUACAACUAUGGCAGCCGCCUUUCUGCUGGCAGCCCUUACAGACCUCUACCUUUGUCUGGACCAACACCUUACUCAAGCGGAUCUAUGAUGGGAAAUGGUGGGAUUUAUGGUAUUCCCCCUUUGAUGGAUCGUUAUGGCCUGGGCAUGCCCAUGGGCCCUGGCGCAAUGGGGCCAAGGCCGGGAUUUUUUCCAGAGGAUAAAUCUCAAAAAAAAGAUGCAACACGUGAUAAUGACUGGACAUGUCCAAAGUGUGGAAAUAUCAACUUUUCAUUUAGAACGGUUUGUAACAUGAGAAAGUGCAACACACCAAAGCCCGGAUCCCAGGCUGCCAAAUCUGAAAAGAAUUCUAAACAAAAGAUGCCCGAGGGAAGCUGGAAGUGUGAGAAAUGUAAUAACAUAAACUAUCCAUUCAGAACCAAGUGCAACAGACAGAACUGUGGGGCUGACAAACCGGCUGAGUCAAACAAGUCACCUUCACCAACGCCAGAUGAAGAUAACCAGUGAGUACUAGGACAUGUUUGAGGGUUGAGAAGGUCCAGAGUUGUCGUCCAGCCUUGCUCAAUGUGGGUGUCUGAAAGUCAGUCUUGUCGUCCUCAUGUUGCCGCGGUUGUCGAGUUACUCUACCUUCUAAUGAUCUGUGUCAAGUUGUUGUAUUAACUGCAAUGGUAUUUGAGGUCUCUAUAUUGUUCUGAUGCAUUAUGUGUCAGCCAGCUUAAUCUGGCGAGGAUUUACAGGUUGGUUCUGGUUUCUGUAGCUAGGAUUUCGUACUUUGCAAUCAGCUCAUCUAUCCCAGUGGGUAUGCUAGAUAAGUUAUCAGGGGCAUAAGCUUACUGCAGGCUGCGUUUUCUAGUUUUCAUUUCAUUCUAAAUUGUGUCUGUGCCGUUGAAGUAUCUUUGUUUAACAGAUGCUUAUGUUUAGAAGCCUAUGACGUUCCUAAGUUCCAAAGAUCAUGUUAAAUUUGGGGGACUAGAAAACGUGUCUUACUAAUUUGUCAGUCACUUUUCUGAUGGGUACACAUGUUGCAGUCUCACUUGUUCUUGUUUCAUGAUUACAAAAGAAUUGGUAGGGUGGUUGGUAUUUGG